AUGGCCGUUGUGGUUAUGUUGCUUGUAUUAUUGUUGAUCGAGCCAGGAAUUUCACAGUUUAAUAGCGAUGAAAAUAUUGGCAACACACCCAUCAGAUCGUUCUGCGGUAUUAAUGCUCCGAGUUUAAGUGAUGGUGACCCAGUUUUUGGAGACGCCCACUGCAGGCGUUACCUCUCCACAGCUCAGUGUGUUGCCUGUUUUGAUUCUGGCGUGUCUGAACUCCUCCCCUGCACCACUGUCAAUGCUGCUUAUGUUUUUUCGGAUAACUGCUUUCUCAGGUAUGAGGACUACCCUGAUUAUUACGAUAACCCAUAUGUCGCCGCCGAUCAGGUCACCAUCCUUCCACUUCAAAUAUGCGGGAAUCAAUCAGCAUCUGUAACAUCAACUUUUAGUCAAGAUGUAGAUGCGUUAUUAUCAGAUAUUAGAGUUGCUACUCCGAAAGCCCCUAAUUGGUAUGUCGCAUCCACAAGGCAAGUCUCAAGUGAAAAUACAACAGUUUAUGCGAUUGCACAGUGUGUUGAAAAUACAAGCCAGGCCAUUUGUCAAAAUUGCUUGAAUACAGCAUAUAGUAAUCUAUAUAGCUGUCUUCCUAAUAGAGAAGGAAGGUUUGCUGACACGGGGUGUUUUGCACGAUAUUCAGAUACUCCAUUUUUCAGUGAUAAUCAAACAAUAGAUAUCACAAAUUUCUUAAAAGGGAAUUCAAGUAAGGUACCCGUAAUUGUUGGAUCACUUGGUGGUGUUGUCUGUUUCCUUCUUCUUGCUUCUGGGUUAUUUUAUUGUCGAUGGAAGAAGUUGAAGAAAAAUAAAGAAGAUGCACCAGAAUUAAAGGGGGCAGUUAACUACAAUUAUAAACAUCUACAGUUGGCAACCAAUAAUUUCAGUGAAGAGAAUAGUAUUGGAAGAGGGGGAUUUGGUGAAGUAUUCAAGGCAAUUCAUGAUAAUAAUCAAGUUUUGGCAGUAAAGAAACUUGAAGUUGGUGGUGCUAAAGCAAAAGUAGAAUUUGAAAAUGAAGUCUUGCUUAUAAGCCAAAUCCAUCAUCGAAAUCUUCUUCGUCUCCUAGGAUGGUCCAGUGAAGGAUCAAAUCUACUACUUGUCCUUGAAUACAUGCCGAAUGGCAGCCUUGACAGCUUCCUAUGGGGUUCAAAAAGGGGGUCACUAAACUGGAAACAACGAUUUGACAUUAUCUUAGGAAUAGCUAGGGAUUUUGGGUUGGCAAAGUUUCAACCGGAAGAUCAAAGUCAUGUUGUCACAGAGUUUGCAGGGACAUUGGGCUACGCAGCACCAGAAUAUGCACGUCAUGGUCUUUUAUCAGAUAAAGUUGACACAUUCAGCCUUGGUAUCGUGAUGCUUGAAAUUAUAAGUUGUCGACGGUGUACUGACAUAAAUGUUGAUGGACCAUCUACUGAUUACCUCAUUGAACAUUCAUGGAAGUUGUUUGAGAAUAAAGAGCAUAUGAGGUUAGUUGAUAAGACAUUGGAUUUGAAACAAUGUGAAGAAGAACAUGUGAUGAAGAUUAUUGAGAUUGCUUUGUUAUGCACCCACUCACCAGCUUCUAAUAGACCCACCAUGUGUGACGUUGUAUUGAUGCUUCAAGAUGGACAAUCAUUGGGGGAAAGACAGUUGACCAGACCUACUUACAUUGAUAACAAUAGGAGGAUUCAUAUAGGCUCUUCUAAGAAUCCUAUUUUCACUGGUAGUCUUUCUCAAAAGCCAAAGGAAUUAGAGGCAAAUGAACAGCUACACAUUAAGAAAGAAGAUGACCUGUUAGAUGUAAUGGAGAAGGGGAUAAAUGUCACAAAGAGUUGUUAA